AUGCUUGCCAGCCGCAGCGCAGUGGUCUCGCGGGCAGCCGCCCGUCCCGUGCCUUUCCAGGCCCGGUCACGCCGCACCGUGUCUGUGUCGGCCCUCAAGGUGGGCGAGAACCUGAAGGACUCCGCCGAGUUCUACCGCGUGCUCAAGGCCAGCGACGGGUCCGUCGUGUCUCUGGCCAGUUUCGUGAACGAGAGGAAGCAGCCGCUGGUGCUGUUCUUCUACCCCAAGGCCGGCACCCCCGGCUGCACCAAGCAGGCCUGCAAGUUCCGUGAUGAGUACGCGCGGUUCACUGAUGCUGGCGCCGUGGUCUUCGGCAUCAGCGGCGACUCCCCCGAGGAGAACAAGGCGUUUGCCGAGGCGCAGCGCCUGCCCUUCCCGCUGCUGACUGACCCCAGCAACAUCCUGCGCAAGCUCUGGGGGUGCACUCAAAUCCUCGUCAUCACGCCCGCCGCCCAUGGCCUGUGCCCCACUCCCCACCCCCUACCCGCGAUCUUUCUCACCGGCGCAGACCUGCUGGUCCUUCCCGGCCGCCAGACGUACGUGUUUGACCGUACUGGCAAGUGCCUGCUGUCCUUCAACAGCCAGCUGGACACGGAGAAGCACGUCAGCGAGGCCCUGGCGGCCCUGGCCACCGUGAAAAGCGUCGCGUGA